UUUAAUUCGUCUUGUUAAUACUUUUUAUUCAUUUUUUUUCAUAUCCCUUUUUUCAUUUCCAUAUAAUUCAUAAUUCAUAAAAUGGUUCCUCCUCCAGCUGAAAUUAGAAGAAAAUUGGUUAUAGUCGGUGAUGGUGCUUGUGGUAAAACAUGUUUAUUGAUUGUUUUUUCUAAAGGUACUUUCCCAGAAGUUUACGUUCCAACUGUUUUUGAAAACUACGUUGCCGAUGUCGAAGUUGAUGGUAGAAAAGUUGAAUUGGCUUUAUGGGAUACUGCUGGUCAAGAAGAUUAUGAUAGAUUAAGACCAUUAUCUUAUCCAGAUUCAAAUGUUAUUUUAAUUUGUUUCUCUGUUGAUUCUCCAGAUUCCUUGGAUAACGUUUUAGAAAAAUGGAUUUCUGAAGUUUUACAUUUCUGUCAAGGGGUUCCUAUUAUCUUGGUUGGUUGUAAAUCAGAUUUAAGAAAUGACCCUGAUACUAUUGAACAAUUAAGACAACAACAACAACAACCAGUUUCUUCUUCUGAAGGUCAAGCUGUUGCUACUAAGAUCGGUACCCAAUACUACUUGGAAUGUUCUGCUAGAACCGGUGAAGGGGUUAAAGAAGUUUUUGAAGCCGCCACUAGAGCUUCUUUGAAAACUAAAGAAAAGAAGGAAAAGAAGAAGAAGUGUGUUGUUUUAUAA